CUUAGCAGGAGUGAAGGAGCUGUUGUAUUUUGAGGAGGAGAGGACCUGGGUAGAAGCGCGGGAAAUCUGUCGGAAUUAUAACGGGAAACUGAUGCGCAGCACGAUUCUAAACCGGAACAUCAUAGAGAAUUGUGGGGAGAUCGACUCCAACAAGAGGUUCUGGGUGGGAGAACAUCGAACACUCUCCUCAUGGUUCGAAAUCACAGGUUGUUUCUUGGACAGCGAGAUACAGACCAACGUAAGCUUUGAUAACAGCGACAGAAACGAGGCUUCUGUGUGCUACGAAAUGUGUCAGGAUUCCCCUUAUGUCGGUCUAAAGAACAACACGUGCUUUUGCAUCGACACGUCGCCAGGCAACCAGGCCGACCUUCCGUGUAACUUACAAUGUCAAGGUAACGAGGCCGAGCAGUGUGGGGGUGACGGGGUCGUCAGUGUGUACAGAAAAGCUACCACGACCCCUGACAAUGCUCUCUGCCCCCAGCAGGAAAUGUGUCUCUGUUCACAGAUGGAUUGUCUCCCUUCUGGAGCCUCGUUCUCAUCUAGGCCCUGUAGCACUGAGUUGUUCGGCGCAUGCGGGUAUGGCUACAUGACAGACACCAAGAAAUCAUGGAAUGUGAGCAACCAUAACUGCAUCAAACAAGGAUUCCUCGCAAAUCAGGAAAACUCCCAAGAGUUUUGUAGGAACAGGAUUAUUACAUGGCCACAAACUUACUGGUCCGGGGUGUUCCGAAGUGCGAUUAACAAUGUAGAUAUGGGGUAUGGCGGAUCCAGAGAUCCGCUCCUCUACUGUUUUUCAUUUCGGAGAGGAUCUCUUCUAGACAAAGAGGGGAGUGUCACCAUCAGUCCCGACACGUGUUACAGCGAAAAGCUGCCCUUCAUCUGUGAAAUAGGAUCCUCUCUGUUUGGGGAGGCUCGAUGUAAAGUUCAGAAAGCCCCCACAACACCAUCACCUACAACCACAGAACAGAUCACGGCCGACACUGAUCCCUCCACUACCAUAUCUGGAUCCGCUCCCUCAUCUACGUACUUCAUCACUAACCAGGUCAAGGACGAGAGGGAAGACUUCGUCGACAAAAUAUUUAUUGUUGGUAUUGUUGCUGGUGCUGUGUUACUGCUGUUGAUCAUUAUUUGCUCCGCCACAAUUGUAACCAAGAGAAGGAGAGCAAAUUACGGAAAGAAGUAUGGGAAUCAGUUCAUAAUUCGCUCCUAUGGAAAUGACGUCAAUCUAGACGAAACGUCAUCAAACUCCAAAAGAAAACAGAAGCAAUUCGUACCAGAAAUCUUUGUAACUGACGUAACUUCCGGGGAAACUUUACAGGCAUUUCCCAAAGAUAGCAGCAAUAUCAGCGUGUCUUCGUCUGAAAUGAAAUAUGACAGGCUGAAAAAAGACCGUACCAAGGGAAAAUCCAUAGAGCCUCAGCAAUAUAUAACGAAUCAAAGUGACGUCAGAAGUGACGUCAGUAGUGAGAACGGUCAUGACGAAUCCCGUCCGUUGACAAAAAAGAAAGAAACAAAGCCCAGUCAAAUUAAAGCUGAAGGCCAACCAAUUGCAAAAACUCAGACUGAAACCAGUGCUAGCGAAAGUUUGUCAAGACAGUCAAAGUUAUCAAGAAAACCUCCUUAUCAUUAUGUGUAUAGCGAAUGGUGAAUCUGAUGAGUUGUUAAUAAAAUCUGA